AUGGCAGAGAACGAUGACAAACUCAAGCCCUCUGGUUCAACGGAGGGAACCACGUUUGACGUUAAUCAUUCUUAUUACCUGCAUCAUUCCGAUCAGCCGGGAAUGAUGCUCGUUUCUCAGCCGCUCACUCCAGACAACUACAACACUUGGAGCAGGGCGAUGAUCGGUGCAUUGAAAGCCAAAAACAAACUUAGUUUUGUUGAUGGAACCUUCAAGAAACCAGAACAAAAGGUUGCUGCAGCAGACUUGCAUCAGUGGGAUCGAUGUAACAGCCUGGUUAAAACAUGGUUGGUAAAUUCAAUAUCACCAGAACUUCAAUCAAGCAUCAUUUACUAUGACCUUGCAUACCAAGUUUGGGAAGACUUGAAAGAACGGUUUUCUCAAACAAACAAUAUGCAGUUAUACCAUAUUGAAAGUGCAAUUCAUGAUUGUGUCCAAGGAGCAAUAACCGUAAGUUCCUACUUCACCAAACUCAAGGCGUUGUGGGAUGAGAGAGAUGCUGCGAUUAGCCUACCCGAUUGUGACUACAACACUUUGCAACAUGUGUUGGCAUUCUAG